GGAGAGUAACGUUACAGGGCCCAUUGUUCUUGGCGGCAUUGGUUGUCAAGGCCCUAGUUAUAAAUACAGCAACGCCCCCCUGAUUUUCUUUCCUUCUUUCCUUUCUACUUCUACCGAGUAUCGACGACUCUGAAGUGGCUUUCAUCUUUCCGCUGAGCAGGACCGUGACUUCCAUUGAAACGGCAGCGCCAUUUCUCUCCACCCACCAACGAUCAACGAAAUCGCUUUAUAUUCCUUUCGUCGCCAUGAAGACUACCGCGUUCAACUUCACCUUCAUCCUCUUCUUCGCGUUCCUCCAGCUCUUCUCCUUCGUCCAGGCUCUCCCUGUCGCGCCCGGAAGCCUCAUGGGACAUUCCUACCUCAUCAGGAGCUCCGCCGAGCCCGUCGUCGUCGCGCGUGAUGUUCCUCUCGACCGUGUUGCCCGGUUCCGAGCUAUCCAAGAAAGGCGCGUUGUUAGGAGUGCUGAUGCUGAUGCCCUUGAUUAGCGUUCCAACUUGCGUGCAUGGCGAGAAGAAGAUCAUGAAGAAGGAAAGAAACAGGCAAAGAAGAAGGAUGAUUAGUGGUUAUCCAGGGUCGUUGAAAUGUUGAUGAGGUACCUGUGAUGAUGUUGAUGAUAAUGGCUUGGUACGGGUUUCCAGUCAAGGACGUUCUUUAUCUCUAUCCUCCCUAGUACGCGUACACUUGUACUACCUAUCAUCAUCGUGACUGUUGAACAGAAUGGUAUUGGAUAUCGGUAGAAAAGAAGCAUCAUACAUAGGAUAUCAAACUGCCGGUCUGCCA